GUGUGUGUGUCUAUUCAGCCAUUUCCUCAAAGCCCAAGUUAGUAGGCUCUGAAAUACCAGAAUGCCUGUCAGGCUUGUCACACAAUCUAGCAAGUGUUUGUUUUAUUAGGCUUGUAGAGGGAAAGAAGAAAGUCGUUGAGAAUUUCUAACCAGGAAAUUCUGACAGCCUCUCCACCAGCCUUUAAAACGCAGAGUCAGAGCUCAGAAAGCAGCACGCAGAGACUUCAUCACCAAUAGAGAAGUUUCCAACCUCAACUUGCUCUCAGCACUGAGAUCAUCCUUCCUGAGCUACGAUGUCGGGUGGUGCAGUCUCCGUCUUUUUUGCUCUCUGUGUGCUUUUAGAUGGCUGCUGUGGAAAACUGGCGAUUCUGGGAGAGUCUGUAGAGUUAAAAGCUGAUGUGAAGUGUGACGCGCAGGAAUUCAGUCUGAUCUACCGGCUGAGGGAUGACAGUCCUCGGACUGUGGCCCAGCUGGUAAACGCCUGGGAGAAGCUGGGAGAGAGCUACAGAGAGCGGGUGGAGCAAAGAUCCAUGCUCAGCUUGUGGCUAACCUGUGUGAACUACAACUACGAGUUCACCUUCGCCGGGCAGCUUGUCACCACCAUCCAGCUGGAGGUCCUCAUCAUCUCCAACAACAACCUCUCUGUGCCUGAAGGAGACACGCUCACGCUGCCGUGUUAUUUCCACACUGAGGGGGACGCCGUGGAAUCUCUUGUGUGGGAAAGAGACGGAGAGCUGGUGCUGAACCAGAGCCUCUCCUCCGGGGAGGUCAGACACGGCACUGGAUUUGAGGGCAGAGCGUCUAUGAGGUCUGACUGGUUUGUACUGGGAGACCUGUCACUGACGGUGGAGCGAGUCCAGCUGGAGGACCGAGGUGACUUCUUCUGCUGUGUUAAUAAAGGCAGCAGACAGAGGGGGGAGUGGAGAGAGAGGGGCAGCCCUGCAGCUAUGAGAGUGACUGUCAGUGAGAGGAGCACCAUCAUCAGCAGCACCUCUGCUCCUCCCACGCGUGAAGCAGAGACACACACGGCAGCUUGUGUCACUCCCAUCAUCAUCACAGCCGUCAUAACCCUGCUUCUACACAAGCACGACCUCUGCUGUGAUACUCUUUCUCUAUAUUUUUUUAAGGGUUUUUUGUAUCUCACUGCUUGUUUUAGCUUCACUUCCUUUUCCUGUAGUUCAUUUGAUAAGAUAUAAAUCUUAACUUCUCUGCUAAUAAAUAUCUAAGAUUUGAACGUUUGAUCAUGUUUGUGUCAUGUUUUCAUGUCUUCCAGUGUCCCUUUGCCUCUUCUCCAGAAAUCUGGCAAUAUUAUUUUUUUAAAUAGCAAAGGAACAAAUAAAUAAAGUAGCCUGCAAAAC